AUGCGUUAUCUCCCUUUCCUUGCCUUGGCGGCGGGAGCUCAGGCUCUCGUUGACUUGCCUCAAGUCAGCGCCUUUGUGCAGCAGGCCUUGACGGCUGGAAAUUUCGAGAACUAUACUUCUGCUACCGCUCCAGCCAUUCAGCCUGCGGCCACUCCAACUGUAGAUUUUCGCAUAGAGUCGGAUAUACAUGCUCAGGAUGUUGGGUACUGGAUGAAGGACAUCGCCAAGCAGGGACGAUCCGCCUUCAACUCAAACCCAAGCGGAUACAAGGUAUGGAGGAACGUGGUGGCGGACUACGGUGCCAAAGGUGACGGGGUGACUGAUGAUACUGCUGCCAUUAAUCGUGCUAUCAGCGAUGGGGGUCGUUGUGGACCAGGAAACUGCCAGUCUUCUACCGUCUCCCCUGCUGUUGUAUACUUUCCGGCUGGAACCUAUGUGGUCUCCCAAUCCAUCAUCCAAUACUACAACACUAUGAUGAUUGGUAACCCAAAUUCUCUUCCCGUGCUCAAGGCCACUUCGAACUUUCAAGGUCUGGGAGUGAUCGAUGCCAAUCCGUAUCAAAGUGGUGGAGCUCAAGGAUGGACGUCAACCAAUGUUUUCUUCCGCCAGAUCCGCAACUUUAUCAUUGACUUGACUCCUGUUCCGGCUGCUACGGCUGCUACCGGUAUCCACUGGGCUGUCUCUCAAGCCACUAGUCUCCAGAACAUUCAAAUCAAGAUGACCAAGGCAUCAAACUCGCAACAGCAGGGCAUCUUCAUUGAGAAUGGUUCCGGUGGCUGGAUGAAUGACCUCACUAUUACUGGUGGUCUUUACGGCUUGAAUGUUGGUAAUCAGCAAUUUUCCGUUCGUGGUGUGACCAUCGAUGGCGCUAUCACUGGUGUCUCUCAAAUCUGGAGCUGGGGAUUCACCUACCAGCAAAUGAAGAUUUCCAAUUGUCAGACCGCCUUUGACAUUGCCAACGGCGGAUCCACCAACCAGAACGUUGGGUCAGUCAAUAUCAUCGACAGCACCAUCACCAACUGCCCAACGUUUGUCAACACUGCCUGGACUUCAAGUUCCAGUCCUCCAUCCGCCGGCAGCUUGAACAUCGAGAACGUUGCGCUCUCUAACGUCGGUGUGGGCGUGAAGAGUCCCAAUGGAAAUGUACUUGGUGGUGGUAGUACGACGAUUGGUGGCUGGAAACAAGGGCACCAAUAUACUCCCACCGGUCCUCAGAAUACCCAAGGGUCUUUCACUCCUGCAUCCCGCUCCACUGGUCUUCUUGGCAGUGGUAACAAUUAUUACUUCAAGUCAAAGCCAUUUUAUGCCAGCAAUCCAGUUUCUGAUUUCGUCAGCAUUCGCAGCGCCGGUGCCAAGGGCGACGGAUCUACCGAUGACAGCACAGCUAUUCAGAAUGCUAUCAACAGUGCCGCUUCCAACAACAAGAUCGUGUACUUUGACCAAGGUACUUACAAGGUCACCAAGACUAUCACCUUUCCGCCAAACACGCGGGUUGUGGGUGAGGCGUUCCCCGUCAUCAUGGCGACAGGCUCCUACUUCAACGACGUCAACAACCCCAAAGCUGUUGUACAGGUCGGUACGUCUGGUCAAUCGGGUACCAUUGAGUGGUCAGAUAUGAUUCUUAGCACACAGGGCACUACUGCUGGUGCAAAGAUGAUUGAGUGGAAUCUCAAUGCCGCCCGUGGAAGUGGUAUGUGGGAUGUCCACACUCGCAUCGGUGGCUUCGCUGGGUCCAACCAGUCUGUCGGAAACUGCCCAAAGAACGCUGGUGUGAACAAGAACUGCAUGGCUGCCUAUAUGAGCAUGCACAUCACAUCGUCCGCCAAGGGUGCUUACAUCGAGAACAGCUGGCUCUGGACCGCGGAUCAUGAUCUCGAUGAGGGUCAGUCCACCCAGAUCACAAUCUACACAGGCCGUGGCCUCUUGAUCGAAGGUGGCAAUACGUGGCUGUACGGCUCCGGUGUAGAGCACCACGCUCUGUACCAGUACAACAUCGUCAACACCGCUGAUGUAUUCUCCACAUUCCUCCAGACCGAGACCCCCUACUGGCAACCAAACCCCGACGUCCGUAACCAGCCUUUCCCAUUCAAUAAUAAUCAAGAUCCAAACUACUCUAACUGCCAGAGCGGUAAUUGUGAUGCUCUUGGUCUGCGCAUCAACAACGCCAAGAAUCUUUUCUUCUACGGCGCCGGCUUCUACUCUUUCUUCAACAACUACUCGACCACGUGCAGCAAUAAUCCUGGUAACUCUGAUUGUCAAUCGCAGAUGGUGCUGAUUGAGGGUCCUUCCACAAACAUUCGUGUGUAUGCUCUUAGCACAAUUGGAUCGCAGAGCAUGAUUGUGAGGAACGGUCAGAGCAUCGCUAGAUACUCCGAUAACGAGAAUGUGUUUCCGGAAACCAUUGGCUAUUUUGCUGUCUGA